GGGGAACGGACCAACCACCAUGGUGAGGAGAUGCGCCAAACCAGAAAACAGAAAUCCUACUAGUACAAGCGGUUCUUGUCCUCUUCUCGAUUGACGUAUUGUUUCCUGGUGCGCUCUCGUGCAGAGUUCUUUUUUCGUUCCGAAUGCUUUCAAGGCGGACUGGGUUGACCAGCCAAUCGGCUGCGGCAAGCCCACGGCUCGUUCCGACCCCCUUGUCCAAAGCCCGCCGGAAAAUUUCUGCCAGGAACGUUAUUCUUGCUGUGAUUGCACUUCCUAUCGUUCUGUCUGGUCUUAUUCUACUCGCGGGUCUGUGUUUGUACCGAGCGCAGCACGCAGCAGAACGAUCCAAGGCCCUGGCUUCCACGACACAACGAUCCUCCCCUAGCAUCAUUGCGAUCGACGAUAAGGAUGUCAAAUAUCACGUGAUUUUUUCUACGGGCUGUUCGGCCUAUCAGGAUUGGCAAAGCUUCGUCUUUUUUCAUCGUGCUUGGGUUGUCAAGCAACCCGGCAUUGUCACACGCGUUGUCUCGGGAUGUAACCCCGAAGAUCAAGCGACCCUCCAAAGCUUCUUCGACUCUAUGAUUCUACCCAUGGCACCGGAACGCUUUCGGAUACAUUUUACUCCGGAUUUCAGUAGAGUGAAGCCUGGGACAAACUACAAAUACUUCAACAAACCAUUUGGUACCAAGCACUGGUUAGAAAGUGCACUAGGAUUCCCUGACAAUCCAAUCGAUGAGGAUUCCAUCGUCAUUCUCAUGGAUCCGGAUCAACUGAUACUGCGACCUUUUCGCGACAACGACUUCAGCAACUCGCGGUGGAUGUUUAUGGCAAAAAGCUCGACACCGCGGACCCGUGUUGCUCACGGAGCACCUAUGGGGCAGUUGUACGGCUUUGGACUGCAGUGGAAAGACAAAGUUGAUAUUACCAAGGUCGCUCCAGCCAAUGAGCUUCCUUCGCCGAUCGAGACCAUGUCCAAUCUAGACGCCCGGGCCGGCUACGGAGUGGGGCCACCAUAUAUUGCCACGGCAAGGGAUAUGUACACUAUCGCGUCCAAGUGGUCCGAAUUUGCUCCGGCGGUACACGAUCAAUACCCCCACCUUUUGGCGGAAAUGUUUGCCUACUGUCUGGCAGCGGCUCAUUUGAAACUUUCGCACCAGACGGCCGCCUCGUUUAUGAUCAGCGAGACAAAGAUGGGAAAUGGAGAAGGGUGGAAUUACAUUGCCGACAUUCCCGACGAGCAGCUAUGUCGCCGCGAUUUGGAUGACGCGUCUUGGCCCAACCUAUUGCAUUAUUGUCAGCGUUACGCAUGGGGUCCCUACUUUUUUGGCAAGAAUCGCUUUCCCAAAGACUUCUUGUCGUGCGACAACCCCCUAUUGGCCGAACCCCCCACGGAUUCGGUGUCCUUUCUGAGCCAGUUCAACCAUCCCCAAUUCCCGGACGGAAGCCACAAAAGCUUUGAUGCACGACAAGCCAAAAACAACGUUUUUAUACUCUCAGUGCGGUGA